UUUGUAAUCCGUGCCAAUCUGUGAUCGUGAGGAAUUGCUUGUAAAUCGUGAUGUGUACUUGCAUUUGUAGGUUACUGAAGAAUUUUAAAAUUUUAAAAUGCGAUAUGCCCAGUGGGACAGGUUGAAAUUCGGAUUUGAAAGGCAACUAAAGACGUUGCAAGAAAUGAGUGACAGAGGUUGAAGAUGAAUAUUGAAGCUAGUAGUAAUGAAGAAUCUCAGCAGAUUCAACCUAGACUGUGUGGCUACAUGACAGUUGGUUGGAACAAGGUUCCAAGCAAAUCCCGAUGGCUGGUUCUUUCGUCUGACAAUUGCAGGCUCUAUGUAUAUAAGACUGAGCAUGAUCCUGUGCCAAUAAAAGAUCUGGAUAUUUCACGUGCGGUUUUCCUGUACGAUUCCACGAAAGGUGAAGAUGCUCAAUUCUGGAUAAGAAGUGGUGCAGAAAGUCUGCAAAUCAAGGCUGGAAAUCUCCAGAGACGUGACUACUGGUUGGCACGUUUACGACAGGAGAGGAGGAGUUUUGGUGCAAGAUGCUUAUAUCUUAUCCAACACCCCGAGCUGUGGGCGUGCUUUGCUCUUAGAGGAAAUCUGGGCACUCUUCUGUGUAUGUUUCAGAUGAGACAGCCUCACACAGGUCUUUUGUCCCCUAUAUUUAAAAGCAGUACUUCACAGGUGCCACAGGAAGUUGAUGCAGUACCUGAAAGUCCAACUAUGGAGCCUCCUGUUGUGUUGAGACGUCGUCCUGAACGUGCAGAUUGUCAUGAAACGUCUCUAUUCAGUGGAAGCAGCCAGGGAGCACAGAAAUCAGCUUCUGAAAGAAAUAAUGAUGAUGCAUCAAACCUAUCUCCGUACACAUUUUCUAGUCUUGGCAAACGCAUCAGGCAUUCUUUCAGGGAGAAACGCCGUAGCCUUAGACUGAGUGGUAAUGCUCGCCACAAAUCUGACUCGUCAGCAGGAGAUUGUGAUGAAUGUAAACAGUUUUCUAGUCAAGUGUUUGUGUUGCAAGAAGAUCUGAAAGCCACAGAGGAUGAAUAUGAGGCUUCUAGACAAGUGAUUGAGAUUCUCCAGGCUCAAGUUGAAGUUCUCACAAGGGAGAAGGAAGUAUUGUUGGAAGCCCAUAAACGAGCAUUGGAAAGUGGAGAAAAUGAAAUGCUUGGAAUUCUGCAGGAGAAGGAAGUGGCUCUGACAACUUUGGAGCAGCAGUGCCGAAAGCUGGGCAUGCAGGAAGAGCAAUUGGAAGGGAAAGUUGAGCAACUGCAGGAUGACACUGCAUUAUAUAGGGAACUGCUUCAGGCAAAAGACCGGGCUAUUGUGGAGCUGACAAACCAGCUACACGACUCCAAAGCAGCCGGUGUGAAAAGAAGCACACAGGCAACUCAAACUGAUAAAAUGUUGGGGAGCUUGACUGAUGCCCUUGAAGCCUACACUUCCCAGAAUCAGUUCUUAAAUGAAGAACUGUUGGAAGUGAACCAGUUAUUGCAAGAGUCCAUGCAUCGAGAAGAAAAAUUGCUUGUUGAAGCAAGCGAGUGGGAGGCCCGCUUCUAUCAAAUCCAGAGCAAGUACAUGCUGUUACUUAAUGAGCUACAGACCCCGGAAAGCAGCCAGAACAGUGUCAGGUUCCGUGAACUGAUUGCGCGGCUUAUGGGUGACUCAGUGACAGGAAGUACGCCAUCAUUAAGAAGUUCCAGCAAAACCUACAAUGUGUAUGGGUUCCAGCAAGAAGUAGUUUCAGAGAAGUCACCAGUAUCACAGGAGUUGAAUAAGAAGCAUCUGGCCCAGUGGGAUGGGAUUGUAACUUCUUUGGAGAGUCUGGAGCUCCACCAUAUUCCUGGAUUAAAAGCAUUGAUACGCAGUGGGAUUCCAUAUCAUCACAGAGGCCGUGUGUGGAAAGCAAUGUUGGAUCAUCAUCUGCGAGGAUUUUGGAAGUACUCUGAACCGGAAUAUUACAAAGAAAUUUUCCAAGUUGCCUCACAGCCUCAUAUGUCCCCUGCAGCCAAACAGAUUGAAACCGAUUUGUUGCGGACAUUGCCCAGCAACAAGCAUUAUGAGUGUAUGAAUGCUGACGGUAUCCCAAAGUUACGCCGGGUCUUGCUUGCUUUCAGUAUUUACAAUGCAGAUGUUGGAUAUUGUCAGGGUUUGAACAGGAUAGUUGCAAUACUGUUGUUGUUCUUGUCUGAGGAAGAUGCUUUCUGGGGCUUAGUGUACAUUGUUGAGAAACUGAUGCCUUCAGAUUACUAUGGUCAACAGCUUACAGGAGCUCAGAUAGAUCAAUUUGUGCUCAAGGAUUUGAUUGCUGAAAAAUUACCCCGUUUAGCAUCUCACUUGGCCUGCUACAGCGUGGACAUAUCACUAGUCACUUUCAACUGGUUCUUGUGUAUAUUUAUUGACAGCCUUCCUGUGGAUUUGUUCUUGCAAGUGUGGGAUGCAUUUUUGUUUGAGGGCUCCAAGGUCCUGUUCCGCUAUGCGCUGGCAGUACUGAAACUGAACGAAGCUGAAGUGAUGAAACAGACCGAUUAUGUGAGCAUCCUCAUGACUCUGAAAAAUCGUGUGGAGAACACUGUAGAUUUUGAUGGAGUGAGUCAAGUGGCAUUCCAGGAUCUUAACCCUUUCCCCAUGAAAAUUAUCUCCCAGAAGAGGGAGUAUCAUCGGAAAAACCUGAAGAUAGAAUCUGAGAAGUUGGAGUCUGUGCGGCGAGAGUACCGGCAGAAAAUGGUGGGAGAAUCUCCAGAUAGUAAUGGGAGUAAAACGAGGUUUUUUAACUAAUUUUCUGUGUACAAUUGCAAGAUUAUGGCAAGUCCCAGUGAUAUUUUGAACAGUGGUAAGGCAUGGAGGAGCAUUUUAGUGUAUCUUUGGAUGAAUUCUGUGUCUUCAUCACGUCUUCUCUAUGGGCACUGGAACUUUGCCCAUUGUCCAAUAUUCAGAACGGUACACAGUAUUUCAGAAACUGGAUCUGUUUCUGUCCUCAGGUGAAAAGAUGGGAAGGCGCUUACUCUGUUGAGUCCAUUAGAAAGCUAUUAUCCCAGUUGCUGGAUAAAUCUAUUGGACAAGCCCAAAAACCAGCAAUAUUAUGUGUAAUUGUACAGUGCGUACAAUCAA